AUGACUCCUAUUAUUAUCGGACUUUUUUGUGUGGCCGUCGGUGUAGUCGGAUCUCCUUUACCACGUGCACAUUCAAGACACUAUUCACAACCAUUCGAAUUUGUCUCGAGAGAUGACUGGGGAGGCAGGGUCGCUACAUCGGUUACCAAAUUGAAAACACCCGUCCCUUUGGUAGUGAUACAUCAUAGUUACAUUCCCGGUGCUUGUUAUACUAAGGCAGCAUGUUCAACAGCAAUGCGAUCUAUGCAAAACGCACACCAAAUCACCAAUGGCUGGGCAGAUAUUGGUUAUAAUUUCGCAGUUGGUAGUGAUGGCAGAGUAUACGAGGGGCGUGGUUUUAAUCGCUUGGGAGCGCAUGCGGUUGGUGUUAACGUAAAAAGCAUUGGUAUUGUCCUUAUAGGAAAUUGGGUCUCUGAAGUUCCUCCAAGAAAGCAACUGGAAGCUGCUCAGGCUUUGAUCAAACAUGGCGUAGACCUUGGCUACAUAAGUCCCGAUUACAGCCUGAUGGGUCACAGGCAGGUCGGAUCAACUGAAUGUCCCGGGGGCGCACUCCAAAGGGAAAUAUCCAAUUGGCCCAGGUUUCAACCGAAUUUGGAAUUCCACCUGACAUGA